AUGAAUUUGCAGAUUGGCUUCGAAUUCAACAGUCAAUACAAGUUAGCUCGAAUGGAUCGAGAGCUGAAAAUUCGCAAUCCACAAUUAACGGAUAGUGGGACCUACCAGUGCCAAGCGGUCAAUGGAUUCGGACAUCGGGAACUUAACUUCACAGUAUCUUUCUACGAUCCCGCUGUGGAAAACGAUGACAGCGCUGACAGCACUAUUACAUUAACAGGCAAUGGUAACCACUGCAUUACCUACUCCAGUAACAUCAUAUAG